UAGCUAUCUUGUAAAUGUUUAGGGGGAAUUAGUGCUAACGUUAAGUAAGCUAACGUCAAGUGACACCGGUUGAUAGCUAACGUUAAGUUAACGUUAUAAGUUAAACUGAAUUUAUUAGCGAGCUAAUUCGUUAACCCAGCCAACAGCUAACGUUAAGGAUGGAGAGAGACCGGGGUUUUAACUUCAAACUGUUGGUACCGCCCAGGGUCAAUAGUGGACAGGUGUCUGCUGUUCGACCUCAGGAAUUAGUUGAGAGCUGUGGUGAUUUCGUGAAUACAUUGCAGCAGGAGUACAGUAAAUGUUUUGACAAAGAGCAGAGCAUGCCUUUCCCCAAUUCAGGCAUGGUUGCACCAACGAGACAAGACUUUGCCAAGAUGAAAGUCGUGCCACCAAUGGAGAAAGAUGAGAACAAUGGCAAUCCAGUACAGCUUUACUCCAAGCUGUUUGAUGAAGUUGAGAAAAUUAAGUGUUGGAAGGUCAAAGUUGACUCUGACACUAUGCAAAAGGAAAGGAGACUCCAAGAAAACAAAAGAACAAUAGAAACUCAGCGCAAAGCCAUUCAAGACCUGCAGUUUGGAAAUGAAAGUCUCAGCAUAAAGCUGGAGGAACAGAUCAGUGAAAAUGAGGAUUUAAGGAACAAAAACAAUGGAACAAGGAACUUGUGUAAUAUACUCAAAGAUACUUUUCAGCGGUCAGCUGAGAAAAUGCUUUUAUUUGAAUCCGAAAGAGAAGAAACACAUCACCUCUUUAUGGAAAAUAGUGAGAGUAUUCAGAAACUGAUGGCAGCAUUCGAAAGCCUUCGUGUUCGAGCAGAAGCUGAUCAACAAGAGAUGCAGAAAGUCAAAGCGGACUUGCUGCAAUUUGAAGAUCUAAGAGAGAACUAUCGUCAAGAAUACAACAUGAAAGGGGAAGAGGUUGCAGUUCUUCAAACACAACUUACAGUUAAAGAAAAUGAACUACAAAAAAUCCUGCUUGAUUUCCAUGAAGCUCAGAAGCACUGCAAACAGCUUCAAGAAGCAACAAAUGAACAAUAUGAACUUCUCAAAAGCUCAAAAACUGAGCAGGAGUGCCUUCUUCAAAAACUGCAGAAAGCAGAGCAGCGAUGUAAAGAAACUGAGAAAAAUCGUGAAGCUGUUGCUGCAAUGCUGGAACAAAGUAAAGAAGAAUUUACAGAGUUGAUUCAAAGCAAAGACUUAAACUUGCUGGAACUCAGCAGAGUUAAAAAUCAACAAGCAGAGAAGCUGGAGCAGAUUCAGACAACCAUUCAGGAGCUACAGAAUUCACUAGCCUUAGAGAUACAGAGGGCCAAGGAACUAGAGGAUAAACUCAUGGCAAACAAGAAGGAACUUGAAUUAAGAAACACACUUUUAGGAGAGACCGUGGAGCAGUGUGCAAAGAAAGAUGGAAAGAUCAAAAUCCUCGAAGAUGAACUUGACAAAAAAUCCAAAUCUGUUGAGUCUCUGAAAGGUAAGAUUGACAUCACUGAAGUCAGAGUGAAGGAACUGACAGCCGAGCUUUCAAGGAAAAAAGAAGAAACCCAGCUAUUUCAGAAUAAAGUAGAGAUCGCCUUUGCUGAAAAUGAUCUACUGAAGAAGGCAUAUGAAACUGCUGAAAAGGCACAAGAAGAUUUAAAGGAGAGGUCCACAGUGACAGAGAUCAAAGUGCAGGAGCUGGAGGGACAAUUGUUUACUGAAAUACAGAAAAAUAAAGAACAAACCUUUCAGACGGAGCAACUAAGGAAGGACAUCACACAGCAUGAAGUAAAGUACAAAGAACUAUUAUCCAACUUUAACGAGCUCCAGUCUGAGAAGGCAGCCAUUCAGAAGCAGUUGGAGAGUGGAUCUUAUAAUGUGCAAGCUAUUGAGGUAAACAUGAAGGUGAGUGAGGAGAAGGCUGUGAAGCUCACAAGAGAAAUUCAAAGACUGGAAGAAGAAAACCAGUGUUUACGAGAGGAAGUAAACUCCAUUCAAACCAAAAUCCAAGACAAAUAUCAGGAAACAGAGACUCUACAGAAGAAAACUGAACAUAAUUGUGAACAUCUGCAGAAGGAAAUUAAAGAAAAAGAAAAACACAUCAAAGCCGUGGAAACAAAGCUGUGCAAUCUCAGGAAAAAAAUUGAAAUGAAACUUAAAGCCCAGGAGGAAUACCAGAAAGAGAAUAAAGUGCUUAAGAAACAAAUAGCAAAGGAGAUUGCAAAAUCCAGUCAACUUGAAAUUGUGGUCAACAGUCUUCACAAGGAGUCCAAGAGCCUUAAAAGACUGAAUGAGAAAGACCAUCAGAAAAUGCUUAAGGAUCUUGAGUCCAAAUCAACCUUUGCAGCAGAACUCGAGAAUGAGGUACAAAAGAUCAAAUUAACAGCAGCAGAGGCCAUCAAGAACAAGGAAGACACAGAACUCAAGUGUCAACAGAAGAUAGCUGAUAUGGUCGCAUUGAUGGAAAAACACAAAAGCCAGUACGAUCGGAUGGUUGAAGAAAAGGAUGCGGAGCUUGAUGAGAACAAGAAGAAAGAGAUGGAGGCUGUUUCCCAUAGGAAAUCCUUGGAGUUGGCACUCGAGAAGCAUAAGACAGAUAAUGAUCAGCUGAAGCAACAGCUGAAGGCAGCAGUGACGGAGAAGGAAAACCUGGAGAAGGAGCUAACUGAUUUGAAGAAAGAAAUGUCAUCAGUCAAAAUCUCACUGACUCAACUGUCAGAAGCAUCAAACAAGCAGUCGCCUGCCUCCAACAACAACCAACAGACUCCAAAAGAGAGCUCUUCAAAGAGACACGUGUUUGACUUCUCCAAGAGCAGGAAAACACCCUCCUACAGCAAAGAUGAUGGAAAUACUGCACUUAUAAAGAAAACUGAAAUUCGCAAUGAAGACCUGAAAAACCCAAAAAAUAUUACCAACAGGGUUGGCGGAACAUCAAAGAUCAAAUCCUACAGAAUACGAACACCCCCUUCUGAAAAGGCGGCACGCUGGGCGAAGAGCACCAUAGAGCUUGAUCCAAAGUCUGACAGCUCUGAUCAAAAUGAUCUCUUGAGCUUUGCAAGUGCACCCACACCCAAUUUGUCUGCUCCACUCUACAAAUGCAACAUCCUUAAAAAGAUCCAGAGCCCUGUCACUCAUAAAUCACCAGGGAACUCCUUGAAGCUAGCUGCAAUGAAAAGGAUGAGAGAUGCUGGUUGGACUGCUGUUACUGGUGGGGACAAAAAAAAGAAGAAGACCAAUGAGAAGAUAUUUGGAUAAAUAGUGCUGGUAAAGGUCAGAUAAAGAG